CUGCACAAAAAAACAGAUCCAAGUUCUUUUCUUUUUCUCUAAAAAGCUUAUCUCUUUGAUCUCUCUUGUUAAACUUUUCAUGUAUGUCUGCUGGUUUCUGCCCCCCUUUUUCAAAAUUAAUUGUUGGGUUUCUGAUCAAAUCUGGGUUGGGCGAUUCUUUGGUCAGCUCUUCUAAAGUUUAAAUUUUGGCGAGAUGGAAGAAUUGAGUGCUCGGAUUGCUUCUCCUGUGUUGAAUCAACUUGGUGGAUGCUUGCCCCACUCGAUGGCUAAGAAGCGCAGUUUGCAGUUCCAGCCAAUGAACCCUUUGGCCACUUGGAAUCCCAAGUCUUGGGAUUGGGACAGUAAUAGGUUUCUUGCCAAACCUAAAGAGUAUGAAAGGGCAGAAUUACAAGUACGAGUGGAUGAGAACCUCAGUUUGAACCUUGGAGGUUCCGGGUUGAAUUCUGUGGAGGGGAUUGCAUCACGCCCUAACAAACGGGGCAGGUCUGGAUCCCCUAAUGCUGUUAAUUACCCUAUGUGCCAAGUUGACGAGUGUAGAGAAAAUUUGACCAGUGCAAAGGACUAUCAUAGACGGCAUAAGGUUUGUGAGCUUCACAGUAAAGCUGUGAAGGCUCUAGUGCGGGAGCAGGUGCAGCGAUUUUGCCAGCAGUGUAGCAGGUUCCACCUGCUUUCGGAGUUUGAUGAGGGCAAGAGGAGUUGUAGGCGCAGACUUGCAGGUCAUAACAAGAGGAGGAGAAAAUCUCAGCCAACAGAUGACAACACCUCACCUAGGCCAUCUAUUCCAGGAAACAAUGGCAAUUCUGAAAACCACAGCAACUUGGACAUUGUCAAUCUGCUAGCAGUUCUAGGUUCUCCACAUGGGAUUAAUAAUGAGGGAAGGAGUGCUAAUAGGCCAUUGGUACCUGAUAAAGAUAAAAUUAUAGAGGUUUUCAGUAAAAUGAAGACAUUACCGUUGGCAGAUGAAAAGUCGCGUGCUUCCGGGAGAGACUUUAAAGAUUGCAACAUGUCUUCUCCAUCAACUCUAGACCUGCUUGCUCCACUUUCAGCAACACCUCCAGCACCAGCGAUGGACAUUCAAUCUCAACAAAGUGGCAGUUACCAAUCUAGCGGUGAUACAGAUUUUCAUCACGUUCCUGAGAUUCGUGGUCCUCAUUUACCAUUACAGCUUUUUAGUUCUCAAACUGAAGAAGAUGAUAGCCCGCCAAGACUCUCAGUUUCUGGAAAAUAUUUUUCUUCUGAGAGCAGUAAUCCUUCUGGAGAGAUGUCGCCUUCAUCCUCACCUCCUGCAGUGUGUAAUCUAUUCCCUAUCCCGGUUUCUAAUGCCAGUAGUAAGGAGGAGCAUACUCGGGAGAAUACUAUGAAUUUUAACGCUAGUAAAGCAAAUGGUUGUUUUAAGCUUUUUGGAGGUUCAAUAAAUGGAACAGACGUUGUUAGCUCUACUCAAAGUCCUAUUGCAUAUAGAACAGGAUACACUUCUUCGUCUGGCUCUGAUCAUUCACCAUCUAGCAUGAGCUCUGAUCCACAGGAUCGUACUGGACGCAUAAUAUUUAAACUCUUUGAUAAAAAUCCGAGCCACUUGCCUGGGACACUUCGAACGCAGAUUUACAGUUGGCUUUCUAAUAUUCCUUCAGAAAUGGAGAGUUAUAUAAGGCCCGGUUGCAUAUUUAUUUCGCUUUACUUAUCAAUGCCACGUUUUGUUUGGGAACACGUCGAAGAACAUCUUUGUCAGUAUGCGGAUGCUCUGGUUAAAGAUGUUGAUCCUCAGUUUUGGGCUAGUGGGAGGUUUUUAAUUCGAACUCGCAAGCGAAUGGCUCUGCAUAGAGAUGGGAAUGUUCGGGCGUGCAAAUUAUGGAGAAAGUGGAAGUCCCCAGAAUUGAUAUGUGUCUCCCCAUUGGCAAUUAUCGGUGGCCAGGAAAUUUGUCUCACGCUUAAGGGGAGAAAUCUAAACUGCCCCAACAUCAAGAUUAAUUGCACGCAUGCAAGUGAUUACACUAUAAGGUCAGUUCAUAGCUCGGCAGGCCAAGAUACUGCCCAUGAUGAGAUCAUCCUUGGCAACUUUGUCAUUCAUGCCACGUCUCCUAAUCGACUUGGCCGCUGUUUCAUUGAGGCUGAAAAUGGAUUGGGAGGAACCACCUUUCCUGUCAUUGUAUCUGAUAGUGUGGCGGUGUGUGAAGAAUUGAGGCGUCUUGAAUCUGAAAUACGUGAAGUUCCCAAGAAAGUAUUGGAACAAGAAAACCAAAUGGCCACUGGGUCCCGGGAGGAAGUGGUCCAUUUUCUAAACGAGGUCGGAUGGUUGUUCCAAAGAAAGCACAACUCUUCCAUGCAUGAUUUCAAGAUCAGGCGGUUCAAAUUCCUAUUAAUUUUCUCGGUUGAACGUGAUUUUGUUGAGGUGGUCAAGACACUUUUGGACAUUCUGUUGGAGAUUACAUUGGCUAGAAAUGCAAGUAAGGAGUCAUUAGAGUUGGUUUCUGAACUUCACAUUUUGAGCAGGGCUGUUAAGAGGAAGUGUCGAAAGAUGGUCGAUUUGCUUAUUCAUUACUCCAUAUGUUACGAGAAGACCUCUGUCCAUUAUAUCUUCACCCCAAAUGCCCCUGGGCCUGGCGGCAUCACCCCUCUGCAUUUAGCUGCUUCUACAUCAAAUUCAGAUGACAUUGUUGAUGCUCUCACUAAUGACCCCCAACAGAUGGGGUUGGAUGGAUGGAAUUCUUUGGUAGAUGAGAGUGGUCUGUCUCCUGGUGCGUAUGCCACAAUGAGGAAUCACCACUCUUACAAUGCACUCGUGUCUCAGAAGCUCGCUGACAGAGAAAACAGGCAGCUAUCUGUAGUGAUUGAUGGAGGAAAUGAAAUAGCGGAUCAUGUCUGGUUAGAACUGGAACAGCAGGACCAUAAACCUCUUCCUCCUCCUCUUGCUGCUGCUGCUGCUGGUGGUAAAUCAUGCUCCAAAUGCGCGAUUAUGGAAUACACCACGACUCGGAGGGGGGUCAGAGGUGGUCCCCAGGGAGGAUUGCUCUGUCGCCCGUACAUACAUUCCAUGCUUGCCAUUGCAGCGGUGUGUGCAUGCGUCUGCAUCUUGUUCCGUGGGUCCCCCUAUGUCGGUUCCGUUGCCCCCUUGAAGUGGGAGAGCUUGGAUUUUGGUCCUGUUUGAUCUGCUGCUGCUGCUACAUGGCAACUGAAAAAUAGUUGUGGAUCUUACCUGGGUGAGGGGUUCGUGCCACGCUCUUGUAUCAAAAGGACCAUGCCACAGUCAGUUUUACACCAAGUGUUUCUCUGAUAUGUGCAACCAUCCCGAGUCAAACACAUAGUGUCAAAGUCUGGUGUUAUGUUAAAUAGAUUUACCCGGCCAUAAAUUAAAACAACUGCUGCAAUGUGCUGCUUUUUUUUUUUAAAAAAAAAGUCCUACCCCUGGUGUGUGUGACAAACUCGUGAUGUUAGAUGCGCGAUGCCUGGCCGCGAUGUGGGCGGAGGAGGAUGGAUAUGUCACGGUGAACACGACUGGGGCCCGCACGAAUGACAUAUACAGAAGAAGAGGUAAACCAACCACGAUUUGUUUAAUUACUACUAUUGUUUGUAGUCUGGAGCCAUGUACUUGUUGCUGUUGUUAAUAUGAGUAUUUUUUUAUUUAUUUAUUACUCCUUAAAAAUAUCACACGUUAGUCAUUCUGGUCAGGCUGGCUACUCCCCGU